CAGCUGUACGUUGUUGUUGGUAAAUGCACGCCUCGUAAGAUAAAGCCUCGUUUAAAGACGUAGUUAGAUAAAGCCUCGCGUUGUAUACCUUAUACAAGAUCCAAAACAUUUGGUUGGUUGGAUUGCAGGUAAACGAUGGAGCCCAUAGGAGUUGCAUCGGAUGUUGUUUCGCUGGAGACGCUUCCGAGAUGGAGCAGCUUACCUGUACCAGACUACGACAAGAGCCGUUUCAAAGACACAUCGACGCCGACACCGUUCACAUGCGACCCGAGCAUCAAUGAAAAAGUCGUCAUUUGGAUGGGUGACCUGUCGUUGUUGGAUACAACGGCGAUAGUUGUCACAACGAACGAAACGUUCACAGAGAAGAAUCGGCUAGUUGACAGAGUGAAUAGGCGAGCGGGGUCGAAACUACUCACCGAAUGUAGAAAUCACCUUAGAGGUAAGCUCAAUAUCGUAGAGAUGUUUCGAAUGAAUGUCAUUCUGUUCUUCGUCAGCCUGUUGAAUAGUGUCGCGAACAGGCGCUACAUCAUCGUCUACUUCAGCAGCCUGGCCGAGCCGGACAACAUGCCCGAGUGGUUGCUCAUGCGGCGUCUUUACGUCUGCCUCAGCCAAAAGUACAGGAAGAACCUGGCAGGGCUGUACGUCGUGCAUCCGACAUUCUGGUCGAAGAUGGUGACUUGGUACCAGACGACGUUUAACUUCGCGGAGAUCAAGGAUAAGGUACAGCUUCUUGGUGGGGUGGAAUACCUCUACCACUUCGUCGACCCUCAGGAAAUCGUCGUACCCAACUUCGUACUGGAUUAUGAUUUCAAGGGACACAGCCUCGCAGCAAGGCACGUGAUAUUUACCGUCGGCCCGCGAUACAACGUCCGCUACCAGACCGCCGCAGAGAGCGCCCUCUAUAGCUGUUACAGGAACGUGUUGCAACUCUUCAGGGAGCAUAACAUGUCGACGCUGGGACUGUGCACGGUGCACUCGGCCAGGAGAGGAUAUCCACCAGCAGAAGGCGCUCACAUCACCCUACGGACGAUCAGACGAUUUCUGGAGAAAUAUGGGGCUACUGUGGAGACCAUAGUGUUGUGUAUGGAGGACACUACUAUUGAGGCCGUCUACAUGAAGCUGAUGCCGCUGUACUUCCCGCGCGACGACGACGAGACGCGGCACUCGGCGACGAACCUUCCCGCGGACGUCGGCAACGAGGACGGCGAGCCCGUGGUCGUUGACAGGCAGGUGCGCAUCACGGGCAAGCCGGAGUACAAGGGAGCCGUCGGUGAGUGUGUGCAUACUUGUGAGUAGGUGCUGGGUGCGCUGGGUGGUAGGGUGUAAGCUAGG